UUCAGAUCUGCUUCACAGUCAAGAAUGAUGAAGGUUCUGCUGCUGGCUCUUGUUCUCGCACUGGUGUUUGCGAAUGGCUCCUCCUUGAUAUGUAACAGAUGUGUCCCCUCCAGACCUGGAGGAAGUUGUGUGACCACUAAAGAAACCUGUGGCUAUAAACAAGACACGUGUGUAUCUGCCAGGUUCACCAUACAACCCU